CUCUUCUUCUCCCUUCUUCUUCUCUUUCUUGUUCCAGUUCUCUCUGUAUAUAAAUCUCCACUCCUUAUCUCACUCUCUUCUCCAUCAUAACAUAACCUCAAUCUGCCAAUUUCUUUCCUCCCUCUGGUCCUGCUCCUCCCUUUCUUUUCUUUUUCUUGAUAUAUCUUUCUCUCCUUCUCUUUCUUUCUCUCUCCGUGUGUGUCAAAAUGGCUGCCAAAAUCUUGAUGCCGAAACCUACAUGCACCAGUGUUAACCAUGUAGGAGACAAGAAGCUAACAAUUCCCCAUUCUUUUGGGCAAGUUUCUUUGUCUAAAAAGAGUGCAGUCUUUGCUUCUGCACAGCCAUCUUUAUCAUCAGUUAUUUCUUGUGAUGAGGUGUCACCACCUGCAGCAGCUUCUUUUGCCAAGAUCUCACCAAGUACUUCAUCGGAUAUUCCUUUGGCUCGCCUCUGGAGAGAGAUUCAAGGUUGCAACAAUUGGGAAAAACUUGUUGAACCCUUGCACCCUCUUCUCCGCCAGGAGAUUAUUCGUUAUGGUGAAUUUGUCACCGCUUGUUAUAAAGCUUUCGAUCUCGAUCCCAAUUCUAAGCGUUUCUUGUCUUGCAAAUAUGGCAAGAAAAGCAUGUUGAAUCGAGUUGGAAUGCAAAAUUCUGGCUAUGAAGUCACUAAAUAUAUCUAUGCAACUCCAGAUGUUACCAUUCCUAUCCAAAAUGGCGCCUCUUGCGGCCGGUGGAUUGGCUACGUGGCUGUAUCGGAUGAUGAGACAGUCAAGAGAAUUGGAAGAAGGGACAUAGUGAUUACAUUUCGAGGAACGGUGACAAACCAUGAGUGGGUUGCUAAUUUCAUGAGCUCACUCACUCCAGCAAGAUUAGACCCUCAUGAUCCACGCCUAGAUGUGAAGGUGGAAUCUGGGUUUCUGAGCCUGUACACUUCAGAUGAAAGUGACGAGAAGUUCGGACUUGGAAGCUGCCGCGAACAGCUUCUGUCUGAGGUGUCAAGAUUGUUAAGUAAUUACAAAGGGGAGGAAAUUAGUAUAUCAAUGGCAGGGCAUAGUAUGGGGAGUUCACUAGCACUUCUUCUUGCUUAUGAUAUUUCUGAGCUUGGAUUGAAUAAGAUCAAUCCAAACGGAGAUAUCAUUCCUCUGACAGUGUUUUCGUUUGGAGGACCAAGAGUAGGGAAUGCAGGGUUCAAAGAAAGGUGUGAGGAAUUGGGGGUAAAAGUGUUGAGAAUUGUGAAUGUUAAUGAUCCAAUUACAAAAUUACCUGGGGUUUUCCUGAAUGAAAAUUUUAGGGUUUUGGGUGGCAGAUAUGAAUUUCCCUGGAGUUGUUCAUGUUAUGCUCAUGUGGGUGUUGAAUUAGUUCUUGAUUUUUUCAACAUGCAAAACCCAUCAUGUGUUCAUGACUUGGAAGCUUAUAUCAGCAGCUUAUUGAUGAAAUGCCCCAAAAGAUCAUCAUCAGAUCAUGAAGGAGAUAAUUCUGGUGAUUUUCCGGUAGAUAAUUUCUUGGAUAGAGCAAGGGAUUUGAUAUUGAGUGCACAAAAUUUUAACAUGUUGCCACUAAGAAUUGCCCUAACCAAUAUGAUAAACUUGGUUCAUUCUCAAAGAACUGAAUUAUUGAUAAAUGAAAAUAUCUAUAUAUGGAUGAACUCCUUAGCCUUGUAUAUGCUUUUUUAGGUAAACGGGUUUUAUCUAAUUUUAUAUGUAUGUAAAGUACAUGGAAGAAAAUUAUAAAUUAAUGCGAGAAUGUUAUUGUAA